CCGAACAUUGAUGAAAGCUAACAUACUAAACAUGAAGAUUUCAUGUUUAAACUUCCCUCAGUCUCACUACAAACAAAUGCACAAAUUCUGGUCAUUUUCUCCAUUUAUGUCUCAUAAAGUUGUUAAUGUAGCAAAUAUAUCACCAAACACAACUACCUACUACGAUGGAUGGUUCGAUCGUAUCGCAAUAAAUCAUCUUUCUCACAAUCUACAAGCUGUCGCAGGUGUUAAAAUAGAGAAGGAAGGUUAUGAUGGUUUGUUGAAGACCUGCAAAGUAGUGAGCUUGAAGUUUAAUACAGUGCAACAAUGUCAACUCUGCAUACAAGCUCUUGAAAGAUCCAUUCCUGCACAAUUUUUUCUUUUGUUAAAGACAUUGGUACCUCAAUCUAAGUUUACAAGAGAAUUUCUAGCCCUAUUCACUGGUUUGUUUUUUGCUUGGUUAGUAGGCCCUUCUCAGUUAAAGGAAUCAGAAUUCAAUGGAAGGCAGGAGAAGAAUGUGGUGCACAUACAGAAAUGCAGGUUUUUAGAAAGCUCAAAUUGUGUGGGAAUGUGCACUAAUCUCUGCAAAUUUCCAACUCAAAAAUUCAUCAAGAAUUAUCUGGGAAUGCCAGUGACUAUGGUCCCUAACUUUGAAGAUAUGAGUUGUGAUAUGGUGUUUGGUGUGGAACCACCUCCUCCGGACGAAGAUCCAGCUACUCUUCAACCUUGCUUUAAACUUUGCAAAAAUGGUAAAAGACACAGCCUUCGGAAGUGCUCUUGAUCCAUCCAUGACUUCAUGCCAAUUAUGCGACACGCAAGAAGGCGCACGCAAAUUGCAAAGGGCGUAUUCGAGAAUGUAAACUAAAAAUAUCUCCAACCAAAAAACGUGCAUUUGUACAUUAGACAACAUAGAUCAUAUAUUCAUAUUUAGAUUUUUCCCAAAAAAAAUACUAAAAAUUAAAUGAUGUAUUCUAAUUUUAU